AUGUCUAGCAUCAUUCACAAAGUCAAGGAUACCAUUGCCCAGCACAAGGAAAACAAGGCCGAAGAAAAGGCAGAGAAGGCCACUGAUAACUACACUGGUACCAACGAGAACGCCUACGAAUCCACCAAGUCUUCCAACCAUGGACCCCACGACAGCAAGAUUGCCAACGAGGCCGAUCCUCGUGUUGAUAGCGACCGAUCCAACCUAAACAGCUCAACCACAGGCAGCUACGGCCAACACGAUAGCAAGCUUGCCAACAAGGCUGAUCCUCGCGUGGACAGCGACCUGGAUAACCGCACCUCCCACAACACCUCCAGUGCUGUCCCAUCUACUACUGGCGCUGCCUACGGCUCGACUGGCUCCAACUUCGGCACCGGCAACACCUAUGAUUCCAACCAGUCCUCAAACUAUGGUCCUCACGAUAGCAACUUGGGCAACGCGGCCGACCCUCGCGUUGACAGCGAUCUAGACAACCGUGGUACCCGCAACACUUCGACUGGCUUUGGCUCGACAGGAGCUACCGCCACUGGUGCUGGUGUUGGUGCUGGUGCCGGCUACGGCUCGACUGGUUCCAACUUCGGUACCGGCAACACCUACGACUCUAACCAGUCCUCAAACUUCGGUCCCCACGACAGCAGCCUGGCCAACUCCGCCGACCCUCGUGUUGACAGCGACCUAGACAACCGUGGCACCCGCAACACUUCGACUGGCUUCGGCUCGACAGGAGCUACCGCCACUGGUGCUGGUGUUGGUACUGGCUAUGGCUCGACUGGCUCUAACUAUGGUACCGGUAACACCUACGAUUCCGCUAGAUCCACCAACCAUGGCCCCCAUGACAGCAAUGUCGCCAAUGAGGUCGAUCCCCGCGUCGAUAGUGACCGUGAUGGCCGCGCUGCUCACCACCACAGCUCUUCUGGUCACGGUGCUGGAUACGCCGCUGCUGGUGCCGCCGCCGGCGCUGGCGCUGGCUACGCUGCCUCGCACCACCACAACUCUUCAACUCACACUCCUUCCACUGGCCCCGCCACCUCUACCUCUGGUCCUCACUCGAGCAACCUAGAGAACAAGGCCGACCCCCGCGUUGACAGUGAUACCCCUAACGACCGCUACUCUUCUUCCACUGGCCCAGCUUCGUCGACCGCUGGUCCUCACUCGAACAACCUGGAGAACAAGGCAGACCCUCGUGUUGACAGCGACCGCAGCAACGACACUGCCAAUGCCACUUUUGUUGGUAACAACUCCCCGUUCGAUGAGGAUGUUCGCAAGGGUAGUCUCGGCGGCGGUGGUGUGAUGCACAUAUCUGGUAACAAGGCCCCGACUACCACCCAAACUUUUGAGAAGUCCCAGAAUGAGGGUGCCACUGGUGGUGCUUCCGCUGGCAGCAGCUACAAUGCUCACCAGAAGACUGCUGGCCCCCACAGCAGUGAUACUGCUAACAAGCUUGACCCCCGUAUCGACUCGGAUCUUGAUGGAUCCAAGACCCUUGGCUCCCAACGUUAUUAG